CCUGUGUACGUCAGUAGAGGGGGCGUGGUGACUAACGUCACUGUAGCCACGUAAUCAGGGAAGCAGGAAGCGCUGCUCAGAGCUCACGCCCUUCAGCCGCAGAAACAGCAGAAGAUGGCUCAGUUUGAGGAGGUAUCUCAAAAGUCCAAGCUGCAUCCGAAGCCAGAGGGGCUUAAGUUGCAAUAUGGCACAGCUGGAUUCCGCACUCACGCCAAACAUCUGGACCACAUCAUGUUCCGCAUGGGGCUAUUGGCAACUCUGAGGUCUAAAAAGACAAAAUCCACCAUAGGAGUCAUGGUGACUGCCUCCCAUAACCCAGAGGAAGACAAUGGGGUGAAGCUAAUUGACCCCAUGGGGGAGAUGGUGACAGCAGUGUGGGAGGAAUACGCCACACAGCUAGCUAACGCCGAGCAGGACUCUCUCCUCAAAGCACUGAGAGAUGUUAUUGAGAAAGAGGACAUCAGCAUGAGUGAACCAGCGAGUGUCUACAUCGGCAAAGACACCAGACCAAGCAGUGUCAGUCUCUCUCAGGCUGUAUUGGAUGGCGUUUCCAGUUUGGGAGGCAAAACUCAUGACUAUGGUCUGGUCACCACUCCCCAGCUGCAUUAUAUGGUGUGCUGUUGCAACACAAAUGGCUGCUAUGGCAGUCCCACUGUUGAGGGCUACUACCAGAAACUCUCACAGGCUUUCCUUCAGCUCACCCAGAACGCCCCAAAUCGCACUGAUGAUCAGAAGAAGCUUCUGGUGGAUGGAGCCAACGGCAUUGGUGCAUUGAAGAUGAGAGAAAUGGAGAUGUUUCUACGCUCCGAACUGCAGGUCAUGCUUUCAAAUGAUGGCAGCAGUGGGAAACUCAACCACUUGUGUGGAGCAGAUUACGUCAAAGUCCAGCAGAAAGCUCCUCAAGGUGUGAGUAUGACAGCAGGUGAACGCGGCUGCUCGUUCGAUGGUGAUGCCGAUCGCAUUGUUUACUAUUAUACUGACUCUAAGGGCCGCUUCCAUCUCCUGGACGGAGACAAGAUCGCUACUCUAAUCAGCACAUAUCUCAAAGAGCUGCUCACACAGGCUGGGUUGAAUUUACAGAUUGCUGUUGUUCAGACAGCAUAUGCUAAUGGGAGCUCAACUCGCUACUUGGAGGACGUCAUGAAGGUCACAGUCUGCUGUACGAAAACAGGAGUGAAGCACCUACAUCAUGCGGCGCAGGAAUAUGAUAUUGGAGUGUAUUUUGAGGCUAAUGGACAUGGAACUGUUUUGUUCAGCAAAGCAGCACAGAAACAGAUUUUGGAGCUGGUGAAAGACCCGAACACCAACGAUGAGAAAAAACGUGCGCUAAAAAUCCUGGAGAACACAGUUAAUCUGAUUAACCAGACGGUUGGAGACGCUAUCUCAGAUAUGCUAGUGAUUGAAGCUGUGUUGGCUAUCAGAGGGAUGUCUGUGCAAGACUGGGAUGCAGUUUACACAGACCUGCCCAACCGUCAACUUAAAGUCACGGUGUCAGACCGGCGUGUCAUAGAUACGACAGACGCAGAGAGGAGGGCCGUGACUCCAGAGGGUCUGCAGGAGGCCAUCGACUCGCUUGUCAAGAAGUACAAAAACGCUCGGUCCUUUGUUAGACCAUCUGGAACUGAAGAUGUGGUCAGGGUCUAUGCUGAGGCUGACACACAGGAAAGUGCUGAUGAUCUGGCUCAUGAGGUCAGCUUGGCUGUGUAUCGUCUCGCUGGAGGAGUCGGAGACGAGCCUAAACCUUUACAAUAAUCUCACUCACACACACACACGCACACAUUCAUGCCAUCAGUCAAUGAGAUUCAAUCCAAUCAAAUCAUGUCAAUAUUAAAAAUACUGUAAACUAUAUAUUUUUUGUUGCACUAACAAAUGUUUUGGAAGAUGACCAAUGUUAAUAGUUUACUCUUGUACUGUAUGAAUGACCAACAAUCUUUAUUAAUGGAAGUGUAUGAUUAUGUGGGAAUGUUAAACCAUGAUCCAUGUGAAUAUUUCCUCAGACUCACUUCAUCAGACCAGACUGUAUAAAAUGCAUUUGUCAAUUUUGCCAAUAAUUUUCACAUUUACCUGCCAUCUUGAUAAUAGAGUGAAAAAAUGAAAAUAGCACUACGGAACAAAAGUUUGGUGUCGGUAAGAUUUUUAAAUGUUUUUGAAAGUCUCA